AUGCAGUCUUUGCAAAGUCAGCAGGAUAUUAUCAGAAAGGUCCGCGAGGUUCUGGAGAAGUAUGAGUUUCCACUCAGCGAGAUCAACCAAAAGAUCUGGUCCAAUCCCGAAUUAGCCUUCAAAGAAUACGAUGCCCAUGAUAACAUCUGUGCAUUCUUCGACUCCCUCGCCGAAGACGGAAUUCGAGUAAAACGCCACGCAUAUGGUGUGAGAACUGCCUUUGAAGUGAUUUACACACAUGGACAAGCCGGGCGUGUAGUGGCCUUCAAUGCGGAGUAUGAUGCUUUACCGGGAAUGGGCCAUGCCUGCGGCCACAAUCUGAUUGCUACAAGCGCGAUUGCGGCCUUUCUAGCAACCACCGAAGCAAUGAAGGCUCUUUACUCCGAUACUAUUGGAUUCUCGAUCCGCUUACUAGGCACCCCGGCCGAAGAGGCUGGCGGUGGAAAACUGAAACUUGUUGAAGCGGGCGCGUACAAGGGUGUUGAUGCCUGUUUUAUGGUCCACCCCUUCCCUAUCCUAUCCGGCGCGCCAGAUCUUUUGAGUUCCAGCUCAGACUCCAGCCAGUAUAUCGCAAAUAAUAACAUCGAGGUUACAUAUACGGGGAAACCGGCCCAUGCCUCUGCUGCACCCUGGGAAGGGAUUAAUGCCUUGGAUGCUGUUGUCGCGGCUUAUGUCAAUAUCUCCAUGCUGCGACAGCAAAUCCUGCCUACACAGAAGAUCCAUGGUGUCGUGUUAAGGGGUGGAGACAGGCCCAAUGUUAUCCCUGCUUCUACUACCGUCGAGUAUUAUAUACGGUCACCGACGAAGGAAACGCUGGGCCCUUUGACGGAUCGGGUGAUUAAUUGUUUUGACGCUGCUGCGCUUGCUACAGGGUGUCAGGUGGAAUACAAGUGGCAGCCUUCAUACACGGAUAUGAAGGUUAACAAGCCCCUUCGUGACAGUUAUACGUCAGCUAUGAAUGCCAUGGGGUACAAAACUAUUUCCGAUGCGGCGGGACAGGAAGGUGGAUUAAGUGGAGGAUCUACUGAUAUGGGCAAUGUUUCUUACGAGGUUCCUGGAUUCCAUGGAGGAUUCUACAUAGAGACAGAUGGUGUUAAUCACACGCCACAGUUUACCGCUGGUGCAGGCUCCCAAGAAGGCUUCAAACGCAGCCUGUAUUGCGCUGCUGGUAUGGCGGUUGUGGGUUGCCGUGUGUUGGCUGAUGAUGGGUUCGCGACAGCCAUCGCGGCAGACUUUCAGACAUCUGCCUAG